AUGAAGAUCACAACGGCCACCUUCUUGGCCUCGUCCGUGUCGGGCAUCUCGCUGAUCGUGUCGCUCUUCUUCCUCGGCAGCAUCUACUCCGACAUCCAGUCCACAUGGGACUUCCUGGACCAGGAGAUGAGCCAGUUCCGCGUCGCCACCGACGACAUGUGGCGCGACAUGAUCAAGCUCGGCUCCAACCAACGCCGCUUCCGCCGUGACGCCGGCUACGACAGCGGGGCCCCCGAAAAGCCAGCCAGCGGCUACGAAGGCGGACCAAGCAAGCCAUCCGGGCCCGGCAACGGCUACGAAGGCGGACCAUCCGGACCCAGUGGACCUAGCGGCGCCGGACCAAAAGGCCCCGGAGGAGCCGCGCCAGGAACCCCAGGCGGCGCCGCCCCACCAUCCGUCCCACCAGGACUCUCCAGCGAAGGAGGACCAGGCGGAUGCCAAUGCCAAACCGAGAACAACAAGUGCCCCGCCGGACCACCCGGACCCAAGGGAGUCAACGGAAAGUCCGGACCCGCCGGCCUCCCCGGUCUCGACGGUAUCCCCGGCAAGGACGCCGAAGACAUCAGCCCCGAACGCCAGGACAGCGGCGCCUGCUUCCACUGCCCCGCCGGACCCCAAGGACCACCCGGCGCCAUCGGCCGUCCCGGACCCCGCGGACACAACGGCGCCAAGGGACAGGCUGGUCUGCCCGGACGCGACGGAAACCCCGGAUCCCCCGGAGAACAAGGACCACCCGGCCCAGCCGGCAACGUCGGACCCGCCGGACUCCCCGGAGAGAAGGGACGCGACGCCGAACACCCAAUUGGACGCCCCGGCCCCCGUGGAGCGCGCGGACCCGCCGGCCCACAAGGACCCGAGGGAGACCGCGGCAAGGACGCCGGACCAGGCCCCGCCGGCCCACAAGGACCACCCGGCCCACCAGGAGCUCCUGGCGCCCCCGGACCCCUUGGAGCCGAGGGAGAGGAGGGACCCAGCGGACGCCCAGGAAAGGACGCCGAAUACUGCCCAUGCCCCACCCGCUCCGGCGAGGGAGCCUUCGGCCCCGGCGCCGCUGGCAACAACGCUGGACACGGCAACUACAGACAAUAG